AGGGAUUGUGAACAUGGCGUCUGCUGGUUGCGUGGUAUGCAUCGUUGUGGCGAGCGUAGGCCCGUGUUCUCCAAGCGCGCCGGGGCUCCGACCUUAGCGACAAUGGGUUCACCGCGCCAGCCGUCUCAGAUGGACGUCGUCAAGACGUCCGACCUACAGGGACUGCUCGAGUUCUGCACGAAAACCGUCUUCAGCUCGACCACGAGCAACUCCGAACAGGCUCGCAGAAAUGCGGACAUCCAGCAGAAGUGCGAAGACCUUUUUGCCAAGGAUUACGUGUUCAAGGUUAUUGAAAAUGAGCAGGGCUCCAUGAGCAGCACUUACCCCAACAGGAUUAUCCUCUUGGAGCAUCCGAUUGGCAGCCAGAACCAUGACACGUCUCCCAGGCUGGCUGGUGGACUGACGUCCCUUCCUGAUGUGCAGGACUUACGGGAGCAGAUUCAGAAGGCUCGUAUUGCGAGGUGUCGCACACGCUUCCCGGUCCCUGUCAUUCUGUAUGAAGGAAAGCAUAUUUGCCGGUCGGCAACGCUGGCGGGCGGAGCCGAGAUCUACAGCCGUUCGGGCUUCGACUUCCUCUUCUCUGAUAAGCGCUCUACUGAGAACCGGAGAAACGUGGACAAUGGGAACAUGCGAGCGUCCAACAACACGGAGCCCCUGCAGCCGCACUCUAUAGGGCUGCCGUCUGAUUACGCGGACACGGAAGCCAAUGCCACCGUUGCGGCGACUGAAAGUCUCGCGGAGGACGAGAACUUCAUCGACCUGGCGAAGGACAAUGCUCCGCCAGCCACUGCAGGCCACUGGCCACUGUUUAGCACAUUGCGGAUGGAGGACAUCCGGCUACUGCGACUGCUCUCUGUCGACCACAUUUGCGACUUCAUGGUCGAGAACAAGAAGGUCAAGUUCUUUCUCAAAGUAACGUCUUCUGAAAAGGUUGACAAGGAAAACAGGUACAACGGGUUCACGAUCUACAACCUUCCCUAUCCAGGUUGCGAGUUCUUCAAGCAUUAUCGAGACAAUGACUACAGUGGGGAGGGACUCAUCUACGACUGGGAUCAGCAUUUUGUGAAUGCGCCCCUGAACAUUCCUGAUGAUGCCAUCACCUCUCAGCUCAACAUUGAUUGGACCAUGUACAAGACAUGGGACGUUGUGGUGCUCACAAGAAAUUACCUUAAACUGCUCCUGAAGUACACUUUUGACGGCACGUCGGGACUCCUUGUGCACUGCAUCUCCGGCUGGGACCGGACGCCCCUGUUCAUCUCGCUACUACGGCUCUCGCUCUGGGCGGACAACAAGAUCCACCCGAACCUGUCACCCCUAGAGAUGGCCUACCUCACGGUCGCCUAUGACUGGUUCCUCUUCUGCCACGAUUUGCGUGACCGGUUAAGCAAAGGAGAAGAGAUCUUCUACUUUUGUUUCAACAUGCUCAAGCACCUCGACACAGAGGAGUUUUCCAUACUCUCACUAAAAAUGCAGAGGGAACGGAGGAACACGUCGGAAAGCAACCUUGAAAGCAUAUUUUUAGAGGAAGAGAUGCGCGGUAGCAAUACGAGCCUCAACAGUAGCUGCAGCAGCUCUACGAGCGGCUGGAGCCAAGAUGUGCCACCACUCUACUUUCCGGUGCCUGUGGACUCCGGUGAUGAGUACCCCCUGAGCAACGGGAACUACGUGUGCCCCGGUAGAAAUGGGGCUGCCACCCCUCCCACGAUGACCAACAGCAGCGAAAGUGCGGCCAGUACCGUGACCAAUGGCCAGGGAUCUGUGCCACCCAGCAGCCCAAUGGCAGUGCCCGCGUCGUUACGUCAUCGGUCCGAGAGCUCCUCUUCUGUCAGUGCCGGCAGUUGGCAGAUCAUCAACGGGACGGGCUCCGUGCGCAGCUCAACAUCUGCCCGGGACUCUCCCACGGCUUGGGAACUCAACCGGAAUUCUUCGAGCAGCCGGAGUAGCCUAAGCAGUCGUCACCUAGACACUCCCGCAGACCUUCCGGACAGGACGUUACCGCGCAGCAAGUUUCUGCAGCGUCGGCGUGACCGGUUGCAAGAAGUGCGCCGCAUCGUCAGCAACAUCUACCUGAGUAUAGUGGCGGACCGGCUAGCCACUCCGCGGACGGACGGCAUCAGCAGAGUUCUACAGAGCUUCUACUCCUAGUGCCACUGCGUCACAACGGCUCUUAGUGGGAAGACGUUUCGCUCCGUAACGUGAUGGAUUCUGCCACAUGCUGUCCGCGGCUACAUGCAUGCGGAAGAUGCGAUAACACAGUCGUACGGCACUGCGUGCCAGCAAUUGUUCGUUGUUCAGGCUUCUGCCAACAAUCUGCCAAACGAAGACCUCUGGAAUGAUGUGUUGACCACUUCGUACAAUUCUCAUAGUAACAAAGGACAAUCCAAGAUCGCGGGUUGUGUAUAUGUGCGUGUGAUUGCGGGUCAUCCUAUGCAAGGGCCGGGGGGAAAAAAAAGUUACCUUGUUUCAAAGCUUCGGUUGUGGUGCUGUGAUGGCACUUCAGGGACUGCAUUCCACGUAUCGAAGUGCAGAGGACGUAGUCCGCAGUCUACUUGUCAGUGCUUUCAGCUAACCGCAACGCAUAGAGUGGGCAGAGUACUGAGGAGCGUGUGAUUGAGAGAUGCACCGACCGUCAUUCUGCUAAUUGUAGUCUGCCUAUGAGAAAGUUGUACUUUGAAGGCAUGACCUGUACGUUUUGGAUGAGAACGGCUGGACAGGUAUGUUGUGGGGCAGCUCUGUCGUCUUGUCUAGUGGCAAAUGAUGAGUUGCCUCUUCUGGAAACGAGUUCUCGGUGCUCGUCUUUGGAAACGGGAAGGUCUUGCUCUUGUGCAAGGGUACCGGUGCUCAAGGUUAUCGAUUAGUACUCAAGGUUACCGAUUCAUGUGCAGUUUGUAUUAGGAGCCGACGAGCGAGGAAUGUUUAUAGACCAUUCAAUUGUACAUGCCAAAGAUGGUUUCUUAAUUAAGCUGGUGCAAUUCAUAUAGCGUAUUACGUGUAUUUCUAUCCCUUAUUUUUUUUUUGCCAGGCAAUGCAAAAAUUAUGGUAGCCGCCAUUGUGGAAAUGCUCGCUGUUCAUAAAGUGCAUGUUUUCUUAUGCAUUUAGACAUUGUUAACGUUGGCAUCAUGUGUGUAUAGAUCAGGUGGUGCACUGCCCCAGUUUGCUGCCGCGCGGAUAACCGCCUCUACCAUGGCGCGCAAUGUCUGGCUCGAAUUGUUGCGUUAUCUCAGAAAAGAUGUCCUGUCCGCUGUUUUGUGAUACGUGCCAGGCAGGUGCGCGCGAUUUUAGAAAACGCUGUGAAACGUCUGAACAAACGCGGGCGCACUUGGCAUGUAGGUGAAAUGUGCCAGAAAGGUUCUACCCCUUUGUGCAUUAACGAAUUUUAUAGCGUUUCAUAUAUUUUUGUCGUGCGACCAGUCAGUAGCGGGCUGUCUUCAGCUGCGCAAGUGUUUAUACUAGUUACAUUGAAAUGAGUGCGGAAACUGCCACGGAGACAGCAAGGCCGCGGUCGUAGCGAGUGGUGUGAGCCUAGGCGGUUAGCUCGUUGGUUUUCCCGUGUUGAGGACCACGCUGUUCUUUGCUCACAGUUGUUUGUAUCUAUCAGCAAUGCAAUUCCUCUUGUUUGCGUCUUUCUUUCGAGGACUGUUGACCAGUGCCAAAGGGUUGCGCUAUUUCCGGCCAGAUUCGUGAGCCGGGGAGAGAGCUAGUUAUUCUCGAAUGGGAGGCGUGUUCCGGUGAAUGGCCCUUGCACCCGUUUUCGGGUGCGGUUCGCGCAAAUGUGUGAUUGCGUCCUCGAGUUUGUGUUUAACUGCAACCCUCCAUGUAAGGCAUCUUUCGGACUCACUCGGCAUCUUCACAACACGCGUCCAGUGUUCGCCAAGAACAACGUUUCGACGCUACACAGCUGAUCGUAUUGUGACAAGAUCUCUAUAUUCUUUGUAUAAUGUGCCUGAUGUAAAGACAACAUCGAAUAAUAGCCAUGCCAUCUCUAGGCUUAAAGGGACACUAAAGAAAAUUUCUAAAUUAGAUUAGACUGAUUUUCUGACUGUGUUAGAGCUUAUCAUUGCAUUCUGCGCACCAGUUAAUGAACUUUUUUUUUUGAAACAUUCACUAAAAGACCUUGGUGCCAUCGCUUAAUUUGGUCAUCCACGCCGAAUGGAGGCCUUUAUGUUGCCAUCUUGGCUGCCGAUUUCUGUGAUUAGCAAGCAUCUGAGAUCUCUGAAAACGCAAUGCUGUAUACAUAUAUGAUUUACCAUCCAUUUAUUUAUUGUCAGAAUUUUUGUAAUUUUCAUUUGUAAGUCCUAGUAGAAAUUGAGCCAUCAAGAUGGAGGAUGUGUUGUUGCACGAGGUAUCCACGAAGUAUGCCAGAGGGUGCCACUCUACUUUCUCAAUUUGUUCAUUUUCUCACAACACUCUGCUCUUGCCAGCAAUGGCAAAUUCGUUUCACACUAACCUAAUCUUUCAAUCUAGCUCAACUUAACAUUUCUCUUUAGUGUCCCUUCAACUGGCUGUAUGUCAAAAACGUCUCUCUACGAUUGUUCUGGUGUAAUGUUGUUGUGGGGAAUGUGUGACAUUCACUUGGACACAUUGCUGAGGAGUUUUCUGGAGGUAAACACAGUCUCUGUACUUCAAGGCUUUACAGUUGCGCAUUGUUAUUGAACUUAUGUCAUGUGUUGAAGCUGAACUGCUAAAGUGUUGUCUGAAUUCUCGAAAACACUACUGGAUUCCAGAGAUACAUUAGCACAUUCCUUUGGGGAGCUGUGUAGCGUUUCAGCAGCUACCUUUUAUCUGAAAAUCAGUUAGGCCUAGUGCUCUCGUUCGUUGAAAAUGCAUCAUAGCGUAUGGUCCAACAUCGCGGGGGCAGUUUGACAUGUGCGGCGGCUUCCAAACUUUCGACAAACACUGCUCAUCUGUUGUUUGCCAUGUUGCCUUGACGGACAUUUUGGUGGUUCGCGCAAAUGUUGCCCACCCCGAUGCGGCCUUUUGAAAGAAAUAGUUUCAGAACAUUGUGGUUUUGUACCAGCAAUGGUCGCGUGUUUGUUGAGCACGUGUUGCAAGGUGUCACUGCUUCCACAUCGGCGCAUUCGAACGUCGUUUUCAUUCGGGCUGCGCAUUUCCAUACACUGCCAUUUCGAUAUCAGAAGUGUAUCGUAUUUGCACAAAUGUGACGCAUGGGGGUGUCCAAGUUUUAAUUAGAACAUUGUGUAAUGUAGUGUACAAGGUUCAAUUCAAUAAGUGACAGUAAAUAAUGUGGGCAUGUUUGGAGGCUCUCAAUGUAAAGCCACUGGCUUUGAGUGACGCAACAUAGAUUGCAUGAAGCCCUCACUUUUCCAUGGGAAGUAACUAAAGCACUCGGACGCAAUGAACCACAGAGGUGGACAUACUGCGUUAGACUCUCUCACUUUGUUGAUUGAGUCUUGCAAUUUGUGCAUCACGCUUUGUGUGUGCGCAUCUCAUUUUUUUUUUCCUGAACAGUGAAAGGUUCUUUACCUUCCCCAUAAAACCAAGUAAGUUAUUAAUGUAAUGUUGUUUCAAAGUACAAAUUGAAAAAAUAGUUACUGCAUGAUGCUCCUAGGUACUGCUAUACAGUAGACUCUCAGUAAACGGAAAUCUGUUUAACGUAACUACUGCUUUAACGGAACUAUUGCCUCUGCAACGCUUGGUUUCAGGCGCUCGUAUUCUGCACCCAUGUUCACCUACGGUAAAUCUAACUCCUGCUACAUGGAAAAUACCUUCCCAGUUCCUUCAGGUUCCCUUUGCUGAGAGUCUACUGUAUUACAUGAAACUGAGCUUUGUUAUGCAGUCAUAAACUUGGUUGCAGUUGGCUUUCAUUGCGAAAAGUAAGGAAACUGAAAUUUGUGCCAGGCUCGUGAAAUGGCGGUUGUCUGCAAAAGAACAAAAAGAGGAGCAUUUUGUUCGGGCCAGUACAAUUGUCUGACCGCUCUCAUUAGGCUGUGACCAGUCGGCCAUGAACUGCGCUAUUUUAUUGCGCGACUUUUCGGGCCCCUUGUCAAGCUGUAUUCUAAGGCUUGGCUCGACUGCUCGGCGUGAGGUUAGCACAUGCCAGAAUUUUCUCGUACACACCUGGUCAGUGCAUUCAUUUUUGUGCUUUACAAGCACGUCCAUUUGUACCGUGGCUUGAGAAGCUGCGGGUUUAUCAUCGUCAUAAUCAACUAGCAUCGGUUGUGGCGAUGCACGUUGAUGAAAAAAAAAAGAUCUAUAAACCUUUAGUAAUACUACUGGAGCCUCCUUCCAUUUUGUAUCUUCUGUUCCACUCGUAACCCAUACAUGCAAAUUUACUUUUUUCCCGAGAAAGUUUGUCGAGCAACUUGUCACUAACUUUUGCAAAAAACUUGUGUGAUGUUUUUUUUUUUUACACGAGCAAUUUGUAAUAAAGGUGCCUGAGCAGCGGCUCACUUUCUUAAAAAAAAAAAAAA